AGUGUGUUGCUGAGCAGCAGCCAGUUGUGUUUUUCCUCUCUCUGAGCCUCCCACUAUCGCUCAUCCACUGCUCUGCAGACAUACCAGAAUCCAUCACCUCAUCUUUAGAUUGUUGUUUUUGUUCUGUUGAAGUUUCAUUUUUUUCAAUUUUGAAUCCCGCAUCAUUUUUGGAACAUUAGUGGAAGUAUUUGACUGUGUGGUUUUGGUGUGUGGGGUUGUGUGUGUGUGCGUGCGCUGGAGGUUUUCAGCAUGGAAGCAGUGGCACUUUAUACGUUUCGUGCCACCGAGGGUGAUGAACUGAGUUUCAACAAAGGAGAGUUGUUAAAGAUCACCAACAUGGAGGAUGACCCCAACUGGUACACAGCUGAGCUCCACAACAGAAAAGGCUUUGUGCCCAAAAACUACAUCAACCUGCGGCCACAUGCGUGGUUUGCAGGUCGUAUAUCUCGUGGUGUGGCAGAAAGUCGACUGAGACACAGGGAAUGUGGAGCAUUUUUGGUCCGGGAGAGUGAAAGUGCUCCUGGAGAGUUUUCCAUGUCGGUCAGUUAUGGAGACCACGUACAACACUUCAAGGUGCUGCAGGAUCGUUGCAGUCAGUACUACGUGUGGGAUGAGCUCUUCUCCUCACUGAACGAACUUGUGGAGUUCUACCAUAGCAACAGCAUCGCAAAGGAGAGGACUGUUGUUCUGCGAGACCCCGAACACUUUGCAAGACGUCCUCACCACGCCCACGCUCUCUUCGACUUCAACCCUCACCACCCCUCACAGCUACGUUUCCUGCGGGGUGACGUCAUCGAGCUCAUUGACUGCUCCGACUCAGUGCGCUGGAGGGGCCGUUGCCAUGGACACGUGGGCUACUUUCCCCCGGAGUAUGUCCAACCUGUUUACCACUGUCAGUGAGCCCACACACAUAAGUGGGCCUCCUCGACCACGUCACUUCCCCACUGCCCGUGGCUACCAGUCAUCUUUGAAGCAGAUGGCAUGGCGAUUGAUGAGUGAUGCAAAUCUCCUGUUUACCACUUCCUGACCAAAACCUCUGCCCAGUCAGCUGUGACAGCCAAAACAUGGACUCCAGCCCAAAUUCUGACAUUAAGAAACAUUACAUCCUUGGCACUACACUCAGUGGAAAAUUCAUCGUCAAAUACUUGCAGGCCGAUUAAUAAUCAGGAUUGGUAGAGAAUAAACAAAUGAUAGUACAGCAUAAUAAUAGUGGAACCUGCAGAUAAAUCAGUCUGCCCACUCAUCAAUUUACUGUCAAGUUGAUAGAUGCAAGUGUCAUUGUGUUUUGAAUAAUUGAACCAAGAGUGGGUUCAACAUCCAGGUCCAUGUGGGUGUCUGCUAGUGUUGCACCAAUAUGGGACUAAAACAAUGUCAAAAUCGCCAGCUACGCACACAACCGUGAAAAGGAGCACUUGUCACCCUUUCUAAAACGAUGAUAGACGUUCAAUCGUGUGCCGUCCAAUUAUCCUUCUGCUGUGAAUUUCAAUAUGUCGAUGAGUAGUAGACAUCCAAUCCAUUCUGUUUUUUCAUCCGCCGCUAGCCCUCCUACUUCAAAUUGAUUGGACAUCUAGCGUUGUCAAUGGCAGCCAAUGAUGUAUAAAAAAAAGAAGUUUGUUCUUCCUCUGGCCAAAAUGCACCCUCCCACCAACUAUUUGAUCACUAGUAGACAUCUAAUCCAUUUUAAGUGGGAGGGCUGAUAGGGAAUUCGUUCAUUCACUGCUAGCCUUCCAACUUAUAAUAAAUAGAAUUUCUAGCGCCAUCAAUGGCAGAACAAUGAGUUAAGCAGUGUCUGACCAAGCAAUGAAACAACCCCUAGCAAAAAGUAUGGAAUCAUCAGUCUCGGACGAGCACUCACUCAGACAUUUUAUCAUAUAGAACAAACUCAGAUAAAAAGCUUGAAGAAAUAAUGAAUUAUUUCAAAAGUGCAACUCUUUAGCAUUCAGAAACACUAAAAAAAAUUAGGGUUGUUCCGAUCAUGUUGUUUUGCUCCCGAUCCGAUCCCGAUCGUUUUAGUUUGAGUAUCUGCCGAUCCCGAUAUUUCCCGAUCCGAUUGCUUUUUUUUUUUUGCUCCCGAUUCAAUUCCAAUCAUUCAUUCAUUCAUUCAUUUUCCAUGCCGCUUAUUCCUCACGAGGGUCGCGGAGGUGCUGGAGCCUAUCCCAGCUAACUUCGGGCAGUAGGCAGGGGACACCCUGAAUUGGUUGCCAGCCAAUCGCAGAGCACAAGGAGACACACAACCAUUCACGCACACACCCACACCUAUGGACAAUUUAGAGUGUUCAAUCAGCCUACCAUGCAUGUUUUUGGGAUGUGGGAGGAAACCGGAGUUCCCGGAGGAAACCCACGCAGGCACGGGGAGAACAUGCAAACUCCACACAGGAAGGCUGAAGCCCGGGAUUGAACCCUUGAUCUCAGAACUGUGAGGCAGACGUGCUAACCACUCAGCCACCGUGCCGCCUUCAAUUCCAAUCAUUCCCGAUAAUUUUUCCCGAUCAUUUACAUUUUGGCAAUGCAUUAAGAAAAAAAUGAAUAAAACUCGGACGAAUAUAUACAUUCAACAUACAGUACAUAAGUACUGUAUUUGUUUAAUAUGACAAUAAAUCCUCAAGAUGGCAUUUACAUUAUUAACAUUCUUUCUGUGAGAGGGAUCCACGGAUAGAAAGACUUGUAAUUCUUAAAGGAUAAAUGUGACUUUGUAUAUUGUGACUAAAUAUUGCCAUCUAGUGUAUUUGUUGAGCUUUCAGUAAAUGAUACUGUAGCCAUUUAACUUCUGCCCAAAUGCAUGAUGGGAAGUGCAACCAUGACUGUGCGUCGUGGUACCAAUUGAUAUUUCUUCUCUGCGUUGGGAAAUAACAUAGGGUGUUAGGGAAAAAAUCAUACCUUUCUUCCCCACAUUGCUUCCCACGAUUAUUCUAAUCGUUGGGAGAAGACUAGUAAGGCUUUAGCCAUUUAAAAAAAGGCUCCAAAGGCUGCCAAAAUUCACUCUACUCAUUUUAGGCUACCUUUUAUCUCUAUAAACUGUAUGGGUAAAACGACGCCAUUAUAAAUUGAACGCGGCAAUGCGUGAAUGGGUCGUGCAGCGCAUGUGUUAAUUGCUUUAAAUAUUGUAAGGUGAUAAAUGUAAAAAAUAUAAAUUCUCGCCAUUAACGCGAUAAAUUUGAUAACCCUACCUUAAGCUUAAAGUAAAGACUCUGGAAGAGUGUAACACAUUAUGUCUGGAAUGUUAAAUACAAUUAGAAAACGAUUUGAUAUAAAAAUAUUUAAUAUAUAUUAAUAUAUUUAUAUUUAAUAUAUAUUUAAUAUAAAAAAAUAUAUAUAUAUAUUUUAAAAAAAGGCAUGUCCGAUAUUUUUUUGCCGAUUCCGAUACUUUGAAAAUGACGUGAUCGGACCCUUUUAUAGAGCAAGUGCAGGGAAAUAUAUAUGGAAUCACUCCAUUCUGAAGAAAAAAAUACGGAAUCAAAGAUCCAACAUCAUCACCUUGUCAAGAGUCAAAAAUCUGCAUUGGAUAAGCUGUCAAGAGUCAAGAAUCUGCAUUGGACAAGGUGAUGACGCUGGAACGUUUGUUUGGUGCUGUUCCAGUGAGAUUUACAAAGAUGACUGCCUGAAGAAAACAUCAAAAUUCCCUCAGUCCUUGAUGAUAUGGGGCUGCAUGUCAGGCAAAGGCACUGGGGAGAUGGCUGUGGUUAAAUCUUCAAUAAAUGAAAAUAAUUUACCCUCUCACUUUUCAAAUCCAGACUCAAAACACACGUUUACUCUUUCUUACCCACAUGAUUCCUAUCUCGGUUUUAUCUUGACCCCUUAAAUUUUUAUUUACUUUUAUCCUGCUUUUAAUCUGAUUUUAUGAUUGUUUUGUUAAUGAGCUAUUAUGUUCCCAUAUUUCUUGUGAAGCGUCUUUGCGUGUCUUGAAAAGCACUCUAGAAAUAAAUAUUAUCAUUAUUGUAACAUCGACUUUACAACUUUACAACUUUAUUGUAUAAAGCGCACCCUAAUUUUAGCACCAAUAAAUAUGAGUCUCGUGUCUUUUAUAAAGUACGCGGUUGCAGCAUUUUUAAUCCUUUGGUCAAUUUUUUUAUUUUUUUUUUUAAACAGAAUAUUAAUUUUCUGUGGUAAAAUUGCUCACAGUAUACGAUAAUAAUUUUCACAAAGUAAGGAGCAAGUUGUGUAGUUCCCGGGGGAAGAGUUUAGUUAAGGGAACAGCCGGAAAUAAACAAAUGUCCCGCGAUUUGCGUGUGAGACGUACGUUGUUACUUUGUCAGUUUCAAUGUAAAUAAAACAACGCGGCUUGGCUCAGUGGUUCGACACGCUUCCUCAGACUCCUGUCCUGGCUCGCCACACGGUCAACAUUUAUACGAAACGGAUCGCCGUAUACGUUCUCUUCAAGACAACAUCGCAGUGUGCCGGCAUGUUGCAACGCAAAGGUUAGAAAAAUGUACCGGUAAAUAAUAAACGAAUAAUACAAAAAAACAUUUUAAUUUUAUUAGAUGUGAAAAAUAUCAUGAAAACAAUUAUUUACCACAUGAAACUUGAUUAUUAUAUCACUGUCGUUCGGAUUAGGUAAUAUUGUGCUGGUCCAUGCUUACAAUGGAACAUGAAUCAUGAUAAAUUUUUUCUGUCUCCGUUCCUGUAACCGUGAAUAAUGCGCACCCAUGAUUUUACGAGUAAAUUUGGG